GCUCCCCGCACACAAGGGCUCUCGGUUCCUGCCGUUCCCGUGCCCUUUGCUUUGCCGGCUCAACCUGCUCUUCAUUGUCACUCUGUGCUCACUCCGGACCGCCGCACUCCAUGGCCAAACCGCCUCUGCCCUUCGCUCGGGCUGCAUCUCUCUCCUCCUCCCUCUCCUCCUCCUCCCUGUGAUUAUCUGCACAGGACAUGACUAGUAUCUCCGGAGCACUUUUAGUUUGCUCCCCCCCGCGCUCGGUGGGAUUAAUCUCUCGUUUCGGAGGUUAUUUUCGGCAGGCAGGCUCGCAGGGAGCGAUGCCCGAGCCGGGCAGCGGGGCCGGGGGCGAGUGAGGCGGCGGAGCGGGCAGAGCAGCAGCCGCUCCCGCCGAGGAGCAGCCCCUGCCCGGCCCCUGCCCGCUCCUGCACGGCUCCGGGAGAGCCCGUGGGGGCUGCUGCUGCCGAGCAACCAGCCCUUGCUUCAAACUAAGCCUCAACUUCACACAGCCAGGGAGGAUGGCAACAGUACUGGAGCUUUGGAGCUGCCAAGAGAGCCGGGAGACCUGGGUUAUGUUUGCCACUUGCUACUAAAUGGGAUUAAAAUGGAAUUUCUUACCUGGGUUUUUCCUGCCUUGGUUCUGCUGUGCACCCAACAGCACAGGUGUAUCAGCCGAGGAUGCACUUCUGCCAACCGAGCAGCAAUUUCUUGGGUUAAUCAAGAGCUAUGAAUGACAUCGGAGAUUACAUAGGUUCCAACAUCGAAAUAUCCUGGUUACCCAACCUGGAUGAUUUAAUGAAAGGGUAUGCACGUAAUUUCAGGCCUGGGAUUGGAGGUCCUCCUGUGAACGUUGCUCUUGCCAUUGAAGUAGCCAGCAUCGACCACAUCUCCGAGGUGAACAUGGAAUAUACCAUGACGGUAUUUUUGCACCAGAGCUGGCGAGACGACCGCCUGUCCUACAACCACACCAACGAGACUCUGGGCUUGGACAGCCGCUUUGUGGACAAGCUCUGGUUGCCAGAUACUUUCAUAGUAAACGCCAAGUCCGCCUGGUUCCACGACGUGACCGUGGAGAACAAACUCAUCAGGCUCCAGCCAGAUGGCGUCAUUUUAUACAGCAUCAGGAUCACCUCAACAGUGGCUUGUGACAUGGACCUCUCCAAGUACCCCAUGGACGAGCAGGAGUGCAUGUUGGAUUUGGAGAGCUAUGGCUACUCUUCAGAGGACAUUGUCUACCACUGGUCAGAAAACCAGGAGGAGAUCCACGGGCUGGAUAAGCUGCAGCUUGCUCAGUUCACAAUUACCAAUUAUCAGUUCACAACAGAAAUGAUGAACUUCAAAUCUGCAGGUCAGUUCCCCAGGCUCAGUCUUCACUUCCACCUUCGGCGAAAUCGGGGAGUUUACAUCAUUCAGUCUUACGUUCCCUCUAUCUUACUAGUGGCCAUGUCGUGGGUGUCGUUCUGGAUCAGCCAGUCGGCUGUGCCCGCCAGAGUGUCUCUAGGUAUAACUACGGUUCUUACUAUGACUACACUGAUGGUCAGUGCGCGAUCUUCACUUCCACGAGCAUCUGCCAUCAAAGCACUUGAUGUUUACUUCUGGAUUUGCUACGUGUUUGUCUUCGCGGCGCUGGUGGAAUACGCAUUUGCACAUUUCAAUGCUGACUACAUGAAAAAGCAAAAGAACAAGAUAAAGGCGCGGAGGCAGAGUGCGGAGAUAAACGUGAAGAAUGCUAUUGUUCUGUUUUCCCUUUCCAUAGCCGGUGUGAACCAGGAACUGGCCAUUUCUAAUCGGCAGCACCGAAUUCCCAGAAGCCUUCCUGGAUCGUACGGCACCAUAGAAAUAGAAACUGGAGAGACAAAACAUCAGCAAGUAAUGAAACUGGACAAAAAGAGCGGUCUGAAGUCACUCUUUAAGCCUAUCGAUGCUGAUACCAUUGACAUAUAUGCCCGAGCUGUGUUCCCAGCAGCCUUUGCAGCAGUCAAUGUUAUAUACUGGGUUGCAUACACAAUGUGAAAAAAUAUAUCAUGUGAAGAAGAGCUAUGAAUUGAACAAUACCUACAGACUAAAACGCUCUUGCUGAAACUGUAUCGAUCCAUCUCUUCUCAAGAUAUUUUCCAAUGAGCUCGAGACAUUUAUGAAGUCAAGAAAGUCCUACAACGGAUUCCUACUACAAACAGCAAUUCACGACUGAUCUGAUUUGGUGCAGUAGCAACUGUACUCUGCCAAACAAUCCCAGCUCCUUAUUUCCUGUAUUACCACGCGACAAUUUUUCAUGUGUACAUACUUGAAGCAGAAGUUUAAGUCUGAAACGACCAUGGUUUUCCUUCACUUUAAGGGUUUAUCAGUAAUGAAGGUUUGGCUUUUCACACUCAGAUCAUUUCCUUUUUCGUAACGGAAGAGCUAAGUCCUCACUUCUACACAUGGGUGAUUUUCUGCUUCUGGCCUUCCGUGGCAUGGUCUAAGUUAACGCUAGUGGUAAAGCCGGAUUUUUUUAAUCAUAAACAUUUCAGGAAUGAAGUAAAAGGGAAUAGAGGGGAGCGGAGGCUUUUUUUUAAAAUUAUAAUUUGUCUUGGAUAAAGUAUCGAAAAUAUUUCAAUGCUCUUAGUCACAGCAUGAAAUAAAAUACACUAAAUAAAAUUCUACUGAAUUGUUAAUAA